CGCGUAAUACUGGCCUUCAAUUAAGCAUAUGCGGUGUUAGUUUAUUGCGUGUACUUAAUUACGUUAGACUAAUUAUUAUAUUACACGCUUAAUAAAUGAUACCUUUAUAAAAUUCCAAAUAUGUUUAAAACUGUGAUAUUUUUUUUAUCCUUUGUGUUAUACAGUGUAUACGGAAAAGUUAUAUUAACUGAAGAAAAACUUCUGGUCGUAUCGAAUAAUUUGAUUACAAAAGAUACAAAACUCAUUCCGGCAAUACAAAUAGAAUUACCAGUUAAUAAGGAAAUUUUACACAAAAUUGUACCUUCGAAGAAAGAUCAUCCUAAAAUUAUAAAAGUAGAAGUGAAAAUAUCAAGCAAUAAUACACACGAAAUACAAAUGAAAACAUCGAACAAUAAAAACGAAAGUCUAUCUACUACUACUACUGAAAGUCGGAAGAAAUGUCAAACAGAUAAUUUAAUCGAUGGUUUACUAGAUUCAGAUGAAAGUAUACCGUGUGAAGUACCAGUUAAGGCAGAUAAUGGAACGGCGCUAAUAUUAACUCCUUUAAUAGAGAAAGGCCAAAUUGAAGAAGCCCGCAAUGCCAGUUUUGUCAAUUCGGAAAUAUUUUUAGGAUACGAAAGUUAUUCUGGUUUUCUGACGGUGAAUAAAACGUACAAUUCUAAUAUUUUCUUUUGGUAUUUUCCCGUGGAAGGGAAACCUGUCAACGAAACUCCAUGGAUCAUUUGGCUUCAAGGAGGACCUGGUGCAUCGAGUAUGACUGGACUCUUCGAUGAAAUAGGACCAUUUAAAGUGAAUCCAGCUGGAACUUUAAAGAAAAACCCAUUUACAUGGUUGCAGAAUCAUUCCCUUGUAUUUAUCGACAACCCCGUUGGUACUGGUUACAGUUUCACUGAGCACGUAAAUGGUUUUGUACAGGAUAUGUCUACGUAUGGCAUGCAUUUACACGAAGCGGUACAGCAAUUGGUCCAGUUAUUUCCGGAGUUAAGAUCGGCGCCACUGUUUAUUGCAGGAGAAUCUUACGCUGGAAAAUAUGUUCCAGCACUCGCGAUGGAAAUCCAUAAACAUAAAGAUUUACCUGGAUCCAAUAUUAAUUUAGAGGGUAUGAUUAUAGGAAACGCUUACGUGGACCCGAAGAUGAUAUCACACGUGACCCUUCCAUUCUACUACUUCGGACUGCUCAACAAAGAACAACUCAAGAUAGUGGAUCCUUUAUUAAAAUCAUUCCAAUCAGACAUAGCAUCAAAUAACAGCAUAGCGGCAAAGAACAAAUGGAACAGUCUCAUAGCCGUUUUGCUGUUCCUGUCACACCAGAAGCAAGCAUACAAUUUCUUAAAAGACGAUCUGCCGGUGGGUCGUUACGUCAACUUCCUCAAAUCAUCGGAAGUGAAGAAGGCGUUACACGUGGGCGAUAUAAAGUUCUCGUUCGUUAACAUGACUGUUAAUUCGCGAAUGUCGCCUGAUUUCUUGAGCAGUUCCAAGUCUUUGUUCGAAGAGCUACUUGCGGACUAUCGAGUUUUGGCUUAUUGUGGACAGUUGGACCAAAUGCUGCCGUGUGUGUUCACGUCGGAACACUACCGCACGUGGCAGUGGAACGGCACCGCGGAGUUCCUGGAGGCGACGCGCUACCCUUACAUCUACAACACCAAGCGCGCUGGGUACCACAAAAGCGGCGGUCACCUGACGGAGGUAGUGAUACGCGGCGCUGGUCACAUGGUGCCUGUGGACGAGCCGGCGCCCACACAGAACCUGGUUGCGCGCUGGACACACAACAAACCGCUCAGCCAGCGGUUUGGGCUUCUAGAAGGUUCCUAUGUCCAAGAGUUCGUUAAGAACAACUCCAUGAUAUAUUUGUGAUUACCGAUUUCUAAUGUUUUUAGAAUAAUAAAUAUAAUUUGUAUUCA